AUAAAAGUGGGCACCCGAUCCGCGGGCCCUUUGUAGCUUGCCUUAGUUUUUUUUUCAGCUUAUCGUCGUUGCUGUUUUUAAGCUCUUGGAACCAUGGCUUCUCUUAGUGCCAUUCAUAUUUUUCCUGUAAAGUCAUGCCACUACGUGCAAGUCGAGGAAUGCAAAGUGCAUCAUUUAGGAUUGGAAAAUGAUCGUCGAUUCAUGCUCAUUGACGAACGAACCGGUCGCUUCAUCAGUCAAAGAAAAUAUUCUUCGAUGAUUUUGUUGCGCCCUGUUAUUGAUCUGGACAAAGAAACGUUGUCCUUGACCUCGGACCGUCAAGCCCCACUUGUUUUACCUCUGCAUCCAGACACGAGCGCUUUGCAGAAACGAUCGGCGCAACUGUGGAAGAAUACCCUCACCGUGUUUGAUCUCGGUGACGAAGCAGCGGCAUGGUUGAGUGAGUUUUUCCAACUUCACCGAGAUCACGAUAUUCAAAACAGCCACAACCCGGACGAUCCGGUGAAGGACAACGACAGUCUGGUGAAAGCUCGUUUGGUGUAUGCCGAAGAUCCAAAGAAAGGCGUUUACCAAAAUCCGGCCCAUGUGAAACUGCCUGGCGUCCACUCGCCUUUUACGGACUGGUCGCCUAUCUCGUUUGGAUGCGAGGCGAGCCUGGACGCGAUGAAUACCGACCUUGUGAAUCAAGGGAUCAGUCAAGGCGCUAAAAUUCCACUCAUUCGAUUUCGCAACAACAUUUCGAUUUCAGGCACCACUCCUUGGGAAGAAGAAAAUUGGCUGGUGGUAAAGAUCGGGGAGGUCACAUUUUACGUUAUACGACCUAUUGCUCGGUGCACAGUGCCGGGAGUUGAUCAGGAUACGGGCAUAAAAGAUAGCUGGGGUGGUCCCACGCCUUAUCUUGUUAAACACCGUCAAUUUGCUGAAAAGCCCAAUGAAGGCCGAUUUUGCGUGGAUGUGGUGCCACUCACCAGCGGUACAAUUCAUGUAGGCGAUAAAGUCCAAGUCUUGGAAAGGAUUCCCACAGAAUACCAACAACAACCAGUCAAGGCCGAUCAACCCAAUGUCCCCGCCAGAAGAUAAUAAUAAAACGAAAAUGAAAAAAAUGAACCCUUUGAGCAGAUCCGCAGCGAAAUAUACAUUCCUUGAUAUAUUUGAAAGCUAUCACUAUUAGUACAUAGGAAAUUUUGCGCUUGGUAAAACAGGCAUCCUAUAUUUGUCAGGCAACUCAUACGUUUUGAAAGUAUUUUCUCAUUCAUCAUUGUGUGCAUGUUUGUGUGUGUGUUUUAAAGCAAUCGCGGACAACCUCUGGUUAGAAGAGCGCAUUAUCGGGUUUUGUUUGUGGCAUCGCAUCGCAAGUCUUUCGACUUACGAUUCACAAACCAAGAAAAAAGGAAGAUACUGCUACUAGCCAGACGGUUCUGAUGAAAACUACAAUUAACAAGUCUGCAAAAAUCGCU